AUGGACGACAAUGCAGCAAGCGAUGGCCUCGGCGAUCGUCUGCACCAGCAAUGGCCCGCCGGGCUCGUCGGCGAGGCGGCGCGGCUUGCAAAACCGGGCGGCUUGCUCAAUGACAUAGACGACUUCGCCGCUGCAGGCCACCGCCGACAGAUCCCCCCUGAUCAGAUGGACUACCUGCGCAACUUGCUCAAGGUUCUACUGGAUGGUAGAGACAUAGUUGCAGCGUACAGCAUUGUCAUGCUCAUUCUCCUCGCUGGCUUCACAGUACUUCAUCUGCUGGAGAAGAGGAGAUGCCGGAAACGGUGGCAAAUGAGGAUGCGUGCAUCCUCCAAGACAGUCGACAUGGAACCUAAAUCUGGCGACGAUAUACCAGAGGCAACAAGCUCCUCGUCCUCCAGCAGCUCCCACGGUAUCACGACUCCAUCGGGUGCGAUGAAGGAUAUCGUCCAAGUCGAUCUCGAAAGACUGCCGCUGCUCGGACCACGUCUGGUCAAUAGGACUUUGCCAUCAAACGCUACGUCCAUAUUUGUCGGAGUUUGGGUCGGCAUCAACAUCUUCUUCCAUUUGUAUCGAGUCAACCUGCUCGACCUGAAAUACUUCUUCUGUUUUGCUGACCGAGCCGGCUUCGUUUUCAUUGUCAACCUACCUCUGCUCUACCUGCUGGCUGCUAAGAACCAACCGAUCAAGGUCCUCACGGGGCGCUCAUAUGAGUCUCUAAACGUCUUCCAUCGUCGGGUAGGCGAGUGGAUGUGCUUCGAGGCGGUCGUCCACUUCGUGAGCAUGGUCAUCUGGCGCUUUGCCCCUAUCAAGCCGGCCUGGUUGGACGGCGAGGGCGGCGCCAGGGCCUACUUUACUCACCCGCUCAUUUUGCUCGGUAUUGCUGCCUUCGCCGCAUACGAGCUGCUAUGUUUCACGUCCUUGGGAAGCUUCCGCCAGCGCUGGUACGAGAUAUUCCUUGCGUCCCACGUGGCUCUACAGGUCGUGGCGCUUGCGUUCUUGUAUCUCCACUUCCAUACUGCAAGGCCGUACGUGCUUGCGUCGCUGGCUAUCUUCCUCGUCGACCGUGUCACUAUCAUAAUGUCCGCCAACUGGGACAAGCCAGCGCCGAAACAGUCCUGGUUCCCGUGGCCUCGACAGAAUAUCAAGCAUGGGUGGAAGCCUACCGAUCACGUCUUCCUUACUGUACCGGCACUGGGCCGGAAACACGCACUCCAGGCACACCCCUUCACGAUCGCGUCUGCUGCGCCGCCGUCACAACAUACAUCUGGCAGUGAUAGUGAACAACCGAUCCACUGCUGGAUGAACCUACUGAUUCGGUCCCAGAAGGGUUUCACCACCGAUUUGUUGUGCUACGCCCACCGCCAUCACCGCGUCUCCGUUCGCCUCGACGGGCCCUACGGCUCGUCGCACGCCCUAGAGAUGUUACGUGCAGCCGAGAAUGCGGUCCUGGUUGCAGGAGGGAGCGGUAUCGCCGUCACAUUUCCCCUGGUCUGGGCCCUCCUGCUGGGUGAGGGGGCCGACGAAGAUGAAAACAACGGGCUCCUGGCGUUGGGAAAGAAGAAGCGGAAGCAAAGGGUGCACAUGAUGUGGAUCGUCCAUUCGGAUGAACAUCGAUACUGGAUACCGGAUGCAACGCUCGACAAGCUUGUCGCUGCCGGCUUAGACCUUGUCGUCCCGCCUUCAACAGCCGUUGCCGGACGGCCGGAUGUCGUUGGAACCGUGGAGGGCUGGAUUGAGGGGACCAAUGACGGUGUUACUCAUAGCAGAGAGACUGCUGUGGUUGUCUCGGGGCCUGAUGGCCUGAACAGGAUGGUCAGGAACACAUGCGCUGAGGCUAUGGGGCGAGGGGCAGAUGUUCAGCUCGCAGUGGAGAAAUUUGGAUGGUAA